CUUCACAGCCCAAUUUUAUCUUCAGCCUACGUCACUACCACUAACUAGAAUCUUUCAGAGCCUCCGCUUUUUCAAAAACAAGUGAGCCAUGUGGUCCUUUGGCCGCCGCAAGGGCGCUUCACGCAAACCCUCGCCAAAGCCGGCCCCUCGUUCAACUUCAAAGGGAAAGAAUGUAGACAAGCACAAGACGUCGACAUCGCCUCCAGACAAUGAGGACAACUCUCCAGCGCCUGAUUCACCUCUUGAUCUAUCUCCUCCUUUGAGCGAUUUGGGCCCUAUUCAAGAUUCUCAAAUUCUCAGUUCAAGUUCAAGCCAGACAUCAGUCGAUGAGUCUAGUACACCCCCGACGCCUCAGCUGGAAGCGUUUGCGGAAGACGCGGCAAAGGACAAUCCCAACCCAAGCCCUAGUCCUGGCCCUAAUCCUGGCCCUGAUCCUGGCCCUGAUCCUGGCCCGAGCACUACCGCCCCCCUGCAAGAACCAAAUGCAAUGUCCGAGGAUCCGGAGGAACUCGUGCAACAACUCCUAGCUAGUUUACUGGAUCCCAUGGAGGAAGAGCUCGGCCGACUCGACCGACAUCUCGACCAGCAAGCACUUGCGCAUUCCUUCAUGCGAGCGACCAAGUAUCUCGAGCAGAAGCUCCCCUCCAAGGCACGAGAGUGGGUCAAACACGCCGAGGAGAUCAGCAACCGACUCCAGGACACGGACAACCAGGCCCGAUGCAUGUACUGGUUCGGCCGCAUUGACUGGUUCGAAGGCCGCCAGAACGACGCAUGGUGGCACUUCAAGAAAGCUUCCUUGCUGCUACCCCGCGGCUCGGACGAGAUGCGCAACAUCCCGACGUACCUGCAGUGGCUGAAGCUUGGCCCGGGCAUGGACAGGCGACGGGCGCGGCUGUCCCGGCAAGGGUUCCGUCCUCCUCACGAGAGCGAGCCGGCUCCCGUGAGUCGGAAGAAAGCGCAGGGCUCGGCGCUGCCGUUUACCGCCGUGUCGUACAACCGGUACUCCCACCCGGGGCUGAAGCGCAAACGCGAGAACAUGGAGCCCGACGUGGCCGUCGCGCUGGACCUGCCUGAUACCCACGGCAGGAGGCGAGACCGCAGCCGAGCCGUCAUGACGUUCGAGUCGGAUCGCCAUAUCCACCCCGGGGAAGAGGUGGAGGUGGAUCCCCGUCGACUUCCACACCUGGUCUACGACUUCAGCUGGAAGAGACCCCAGGAACGUCAGCUUAAACCGCCGUUCAAUACCUUUGAGUUCUCCAGGAAUCCGAAGAAGAGCCGAGCCAGUCGAUUCCGGAGCCAUAAGAUCUUCGCGAAGCAGCCGUGGGAGAAAUCAGGCUCCAGGAGGACUACGAGGAACAGGACUGGCGGUAAGACUGAUUUCACGAUGGAGACGCUCACAGACGAACUGAACUCAACUCCGUAUCAGGGCUUGCGGUACGAUUAUCGAAGGAGGCGUUAGUCGUCUUCGUAUCUUCGUCAUUGUCUUCGUUGUCAUCGUCUUCAUUAGGAUGCAGGAUCUUAAUUAUUUGACAUUUCCUUUUUGACCGCAUAUCCUGGUCUUUGUCUUUGGUAGUUCUUCCUAGGCUUUUUGGUUAAAAUGGC